AUGGACCCGGCCACCUUCAUCGACCCCAACCUUACGGUGCCGGACCGGCUGGUGCUGGAGCAUCUUCUGAAGGAAGCGGAAAACCCGGCCGCCGCCACCGCCGCCGCCGCCGUCCCGAAGCCCAACCAUGAAGAUGAGGAGGUCGACGCGCAAACGCAGGCAACGGUACAGCACCUAGCUGCGCAGAAUGACCCAGCGCACAGCUCAUUCACGCCGACGGUGUUUGUAACCUGGGACCUGCCGCAGCUAACUCCGACUUUGCCACCAGUCCUAGACAAAUGGUUCCUGCAGCCAUACAUCCGCAUGGCACGAAAGAUCGUGCGCGUGGACACAGACGUGGUAAUGCUUACGCACCUGCUACUGUACCUUUGCACCUCGAUCCCAAGCGCACUGUACCUCUUCCUGGGCACCUUCCACUGGUGGCACGGGGUACUGCACUGGGUGAUGCAAUCCUACUACGUGGGCACGUACACACUAAUGAUGCACCAACACAUCCACAUGGGCGGGAUUCUCACCAAACAGUCGCGCCUCACCGCGCUCCUCGACACCGUCUUCCCGUACAUCCUCGACCCGCUGAUGGGCCACACCUGGAACUCGUACUUCUACCACCACGUCAAGCACCACCACGUCGAAGGCAACGGGCCGCGCGACCUGUCCUCCACCAUCCGGUACCAGCGCGACUCGCCCCGCGAUUUCGCCUGCUACGUCGCCCGCUUCUACUUUCUGGUGUGGUGCGAGCUGCCCGCGUACUUCCUGCGCCGCGGGCAGCGCCUCACAGCCGCGAAGGCCGGAUUGUGGGAGCUUGCCAGCUACGCGGCUGUGUAUCUGCUUUGGAGCCACGUGAGCUGGCGUGCCACGCUGUUUGUGUUUCUGUUGCCGUUGUUGCAGUUACGGGUUGGCUUGAUGGUCGGCAAUUGGGGUCAGCAUGCGUUUGUCGAUGAGGUUGAUCCUGACUCCGAUUUUCGGUCGAGUAUUACGCUUAUUGAUGUUGCGAGCAACCGCUUCUGCUACAACGACGGCUACCACACCUCGCACCACCUCAACCCGCGCCGCCACUGGCGCGACCACCCCGUCGCCUUCCUGCGCCAGCACCGCCGCUACGCCGCCGAGGGCGCCCUCGUCUUCCGCAACAUCGACUAUAUCAUGAUCACUAUCCGGCUGCUGCGCAAGGAUUACCUGCAUCUGGCCAAGUGUCUGGUGCCCAUGGGCGAGCAGGUCGGGAUGACGCUGCAGGAGAAGGCGGAGAUGCUCCGUCGGAAGACGCGGCGGUUUAGUGAGGGGGAGAUCACGAAGAAGUUUAAGCUGUAA